AUGGAUGCGCUCCGCCUACGGCCGUCCCUCCUCUCCACCGCGCGUCCCGGCGCCGCCCGCCCGCGAGAUCAUUUUCUACCACCAUGUUGUUCCAUCCAACAAAAUGGUGAAGGGCGAAUUUGCUUUUCUAGCCAAAGGACCCAAGGUCCUGCCUUGUAUCACCAUCAGAAAUUCUUCGAUUGGAAAUCCUCCUAUUGUAGGAUAUCACGUCGGUCAUUAAAUACUUCUGUUAAUGCUUCGGGGCAACAGCUGCAGUCUGAACCUGAAGCACAUGAUUCUACAACCAUCUGGAGGGCAAUAUCAUCUUCUCUAGAUGCAUUUUACAGAUUUUCCCGGCCACAUACUGUCAUAGGAACAGCAUUAAGCAUAGUCUCAGUUUCCCUUCUAGCUGUCCAGAACUUGUCUGAUAUAUCACCUUUGUUCCUCACUGGUUUGCUGGAGGCAGUGGUAGCUGCCCUUUUCAUGAAUAUCUAUAUUGUUGGACUGAACCAGUUAUUCGACAUUGAGAUAGACAAGGUUAACAAGCCAACUCUUCCAUUGGCAUCUGGGGAAUACACCCCUGCAACUGGGGUUGCAAUAGUUUCGGUCUUUGCUGCUAUGAGCUUUGGCCUUGGAUGGGCUGUUGGAUCACAACCUCUGUUUUGGGCUCUUUUCAUAAGCUUUGUCCUUGGAACUGCAUAUUCAAUCAAUCUGCCAUACCUUAGAUGGAAGAGAUUUGCUGUUGUUGCAGCACUCUGCAUAUUAGCAGUUCGUGCAGUGAUUGUUCAGCUGGCUUUUUUCCUCCACAUUCAGACUUUUGUUUUCAGAAGACCGGCGGUGUUUUCUAGGCCAUUAAUAUUUGCAACUGGAUUUAUGACGUUCUUCUCAGUUGUAAUAGCACUAUUUAAGGAUAUACCUGAUAUCGAAGGGGACCGCAUAUUCGGGAUUCGAUCUUUCAGUGUCCGGUUAGGUCAAAAGAAGGUCUUCUGGAUAUGUGUUGGCCUGCUCGAGAUGGCUUACAGCAUUGCAAUACUGAUGGGAGCUACUUCUUCGUCUUUGUGGAGCAAAACAGCAACUAUUGCUGGCCAUUCCAUACUUGCUGCGAUCUUAUGGAGCUGCGCGCGAUCGGUGGACCUGACGAGCAAGGCGGCAAUAACAUCCUUCUACAUGUUCAUCUGGAAGCUGUUCUACGCGGAGUACCUGCUCAUCCCUCUGGUGCGGUGA